AGGUCUAGUCCUUGUUUUCUAGUCUAGACUACUGUUACACUCGACUGUCAGAAUGAUACAGUGGACUAAAUAUCUGCUUUAAAUAUUCAGAUCAGAGCAUGGUCGACAACAACGACGUCUUUCACCAGGGUGUAGGAUAUGUGCAUUCUAGAACUCAUUAGUGGAACUUUGAAUUGCUGCAGUCUCGUGAGCUAAACGCACCUUCAAUGAGCAGAUUUUCGCACACAUUCCUUUAGUUGUAAUUUAAGUGCUUAGCUAUUAAACUGCCUAUCUACUCGUAGCCACAGGGCAAACUCUAGAGAUGAAAAGAAACGGAACUUAUCGAUAUUUGUCUGUUUUUUCUUGCCUUGCCGUUUGUGUUUUCUUGAUAGUAUUUUGGUUUUUUGUGUUUUAUUCUAUGUUGUUGGCACCGUAACGAACUUUGGAGCAAGCUUAGCAUGCAUGCGAUCCAGUAAACGAGAUAAGGCCAAUAUUUCAGCACACACUGGUGUACAGGCACUAGUGUAAUGUCUUUAUUUCGAUUUUAGUAUGGGAUAAAAUGUCAUCUGAUCAGAACUUAAGACAAAUGUUGCGCAACUAACGUUAGCCUGUAGAAUGAAUUAAUGCACUUAGCUAGUUCGCAAACUUUGUUGUCAUAGCCCCACAGUUAAUGUAACUUGGUUCACUCUAUGCAUCGUCCUUACCCACCAAGGAACUGACACGACAGUCAAAAGACUAAAAUAAAGCAACUAAACGUCUCUGCUUUCUUUAAAAGCUGCAUGUUUACAUUGCCAGUUAGCUAGCUAGCUAUUUGCUAAUUUCAGGAUGUAUUUUUGUGUGACGUCAUUGCUCGCAGCGGAUCACGUGUUUUGAACAAGGAAGUCAACGUUUUGCAUCUUACUGAACAGUGAGAUAGACCUUGGCUUCAGAAUGGCUGAUGGCUCCACUGUUAAGGGCCCAGGUACUCAAAAGCUGCAGUUUGCCCCGUUCUGCAGCGCUUUGGAGGCUGGAUUCUGGCAUCAGUUGACACAGAAAAAACUCAAUGACUAUCGCCUUGAUGAAAGUCCUAAAAGCAUCAAAGGAUACUACUACAAUGGGGAUCCAGUUGGCCUCCCUACACGCUUGACUCUGGAGUUCAGUGCAUUUGAAGUUGAUGGUCCCACUCCGGCACGCUGCUGUCCAGCCACAGGCAUACUCUACAACACUAACACAUUAGAGGCAUUCAGAUCCAUUGACAAGAAAGCUCUCUUGGAUAAUGAGGCAUCUGAGAUAUGGGAGGCAAUCCAGUCCAAUGCUGCUCUAGAAAAUCCCUCAAUCCUCAACAAAUUUAUUUUGUUGACAUUUGCUGAUUUGAAGAAGUAUCACUUCUAUUAUUGGUUCUGCUUCCCAGUGCUUUGUUUCUCUGAAGGCAUAUCAAUGAUCCAAGAGCCUGUGUCUCUAAACGACAAGUUCUCUCCCAAGCAGAUAUCUGCCCUCCAAGGAGCCUAUGACAGUCUCUGCAUUACAAACAACACCACAGCUGUCCCCUACUUCCUUAUCAAAUACACUGAGGAGGAUGUGAGGGUGGCUCCAUUACAUCAGUGGGAGGCUUUCUUUACAGACCUUAAGAUGGUCACUGUUGGAGUCUAUGACCCCUGCUCACUCACCCAGCACCCUGGCUGGCCACUCCGAAAUCUACUCAUUCUCAUCGCAAACAAAUGGGGUGCCCAGUUGGAUGUGGUGGAGAUAUUGUGCUUCAGGGAUAGGACACUUCAAGGCACCCGCUCAGUGCAACACAGCAUUAUGUUUCAGGUCAAGCUGCAAGAUCUUUCUGCUAGCACAGACUGUCCUAAAAGUGUUGGCUGGGAGAAGAACCAGAAAGGUGCCAUGGGACCAAGAAGCGUCAAUCUGAGCGAAUGUAUGGACCCUAAAAGACUGGCCGAGUCCUCUGUAGAUCUGAAUCUCAAGCUGAUGCGCUGGAGGCUGGUCCCUACCCUGGAUCUCGAUAAGGUCAUCUCCACCAAGUGUCUUCUACUGGGAGCUGGUACACUCGGGUGCAACGUGGCCCGAACGCUCAUGGGCUGGGGAGUGAGACACAUCACUUUUGUGGACAAUGCCAAGAUCUCCUACUCCAACCCAGUGCGUCAGCCCCUCUAUGAGUUUGACGACUGCCUCGGCGGAGGCAAGUCAAAGGCGCUUGCUGCAGUGGAGAGACUGAGAAAGAUCUUCCCUGGUGUGAACGCAGAGGGCUUCAACAUGAGCAUCCCCAUGCCUGGCCACCCAGUGAACUUCUCCCAGGUGACGCUGGGCCAGGCGCAGCGUGACGUGGAGCAGCUGGAGGCGCUCAUCUCCGCCCAUGACGUCGUUUUCCUCCUAAUGGACACCCGCGAGAGCCGCUGGCUACCCACUGUCCUCGCAGCUAGCAAGCGCAAGCUCGUGGUGAACGCUGCCCUGGGAUUCGACACCUUCGUGGUGAUGCGGCAUGGUCUGAAGCGGCCUCAUGGCGAGACGGCCGAUUCUAGCCCCUCGUCCGCCUCCAGUGCCUCGGCUUCAUCCUCCUCCACACCCGCGGCGCCCUCUCUCCCAGGAGCCUCUCUGUUCUCCAACAUCCCCGGCCACCGGCUGGGCUGCUACUUCUGCAAUGAUGUGGUAGCACCAGGCGAUUCCACCAGGGACCGGACAUUAGACCAGCAGUGCACCGUGAGCAGACCAGGCCUGGCCAUGAUCGCUGGAGCUCUGGCUGUGGAGAUGAUGGUGUCCAUCCUCCAGCAUGCAGAGGGGGGCUACGCAGUGGCCAGCAGCAGUGAUGACCGCAUGAAUGAGCCUCCCACGUCCUUGGGUUUGGUCCCACAUCAGAUCCGAGGAUUUCUGUCCCGAUUUGACAACGUCCUUCCUGCAAGUCUGGCCUUUGACAAGUGUACCGCCUGCUCACCGAUAGUUCUUGAUCAUUAUGAGCGAGAGGGCUUCCAGUUCCUGUCCAAGGUCUUCAAUUCCUCCCACUCCUUCCUGGAAGACCUGACCGGGCUCACGCUGCUGCACCAGGAAACGCAGGCCGCUGAGAUUUGGGACAUGAGCGAUGAUGAGAGCAUAUGAAGUGAACUCACAAGGCUCCAUUUGAGUGGACAACUCACAAGACUCCAUUUGAUUGACACCAGAAUGGCUCUUCAAAAGGAAAAACGAACAUCACAUGGACUCCACACUUUACAAUUUCAUAUAUAUGUACCACUUCAUUUGAGAUCAGCAACCAAAGUCAACAAGAGUCUUGUUUUCUUUACUGUUGAGCCAUCAGUUUGAUCUAUAUCUAUAGGUUCAUGGUGCACAAAGUUUUUUGUGUUAUUUUCUAACCUUAUUGUGGUGGUGUAUGUCAAGUCCUUGUACUCAGUGUUACUUUGACAGUAACAUUAAAAUGUGCGAAACCAUA